AUGUGCCAAACUUUAACUACGGACGGUCUGUCAGGUGAGGUGAGGCCCGCUUUCACUGAAGAGGAACAAAAUCCCAACAGAUGCAGCGAUGACUCCGGUGAUGGCGUCAAUUCAAUGGAAACUCGAAUGAAGGGAGAUCCAUGGCGUUUUGCUGUUGCUGCUAUAUUUUGCCUAUUGUCCAUUUCAAAUGCCAUGCAGUGGAUUGCAUUUGCUUCAAUAUUCGAUGAAACACGUACCUAUUUCAAUAUGACUGCCGUGCAAGUGAACUACCUUGCAACAACAUACGUCAUCGCUUACGUUGUUGCUGUGUUCCUCAGUUGUAAGUUGUUUGAGGUAACUGGACUAAAAGCGGGAAUCCUUAUUGCGGCGACAGCCAAUGCUAUUGGUGCAAGUAUUAAACUUGUUGCAGUGUAUGCAUGGCCACAUAUGAUUCUUUUGUUUCUCGCCCAGGCCUUUAACUCUGUAACAGAAAUUCUCACGAUUGCAACCCCGCCACUCAUUGCUAAUCGAUGGUUUCCCGUGGAGGAACGUGUGGCCGCCAACGCUGUAAUGACCAUUUGUCUCAAUGUAGGUUGUGGUUUGGGUGCAUUAAUUCCCGUUUUCUUCGUUAGUCCUGAGAAACAGGAACAGCGCCACUUUGCUGCUCUCUUUUGGUUUCAAUUUGGUCUAUGUGCCGGCACGUUUGCACUUACCUUUAUUAUUCCCCAGCUCCCACGGCAAUCACCAAGCUACGCUGCUGACAGACAACAGAAAAUGGAGGCGAAACGUUUGAGAACCUUACGUGAACGCCAGAACCGUCAAAGUGGUGCCGGAGCUCCCGCUGAAACGCAACCACCACUUGAAGUAGUAGAGGAUGAUAGACUAAAUAUGUAUGACGAUGAUGAUGUCGAGUCUGUCGCAGAACCCAUCAAUGUCUUCUCCACGCUGGGGGACACUUUCCGAGCGAUGAGAACUAAUUCCUCCUUUGUUUUUCUCUCAAUUGCAAGCGCCGCAGAACUCGGUCUCAUUUGGUCCGUGGCGACGGUGCUUCCGCAGUGCCUUGUGCCAUUUGGUGUAACUGGAUCCGAAUCGGGGUGGAUAAGUUUCCUGAAUCUUGUACUUGGCAGUGUUAUAGCCCCAAUUGUCAUGCAUUACUUUGGCCAAAAUUGGAGGCACAAGCAGUCACUGCUUGUUAUCUCUAUCAUACUUGUUGUAAAUGUUUGCGCUUUGUGCCUUUGCUACUAUUUUGGUCCUUCUGGCGACGACCACCGUAUUUACUAUGUCGUAGUUGUAUUCCUUCUUUGGGGUGGAGUAGCCGGGCUUUGCCAAAACUUCAUGUUGCCCAUCAUGUUUGAUUUCGUUGUUGAGUUAACUUUCCCUAUGAGGGAGUCCACAAGCGCACCAGUACUGACGUGGGCGGCAUGUUUGUCUAAUUUGGUGUUGACCGUAGUUUUUGGUGAAGUGCUUGGGGAGAAUCCUACGCGAACUGAUUCAGCAAAGGUGCUUCUGGGAACCGUCAUUGUGUGUAUUAUCGGAUGCGUUGCGCUCGUGUUGGUUCGCCCUCUCAAGAGGAGGGAGGAAUUUGAACAUCGUAUGGAAGAGUUGGAUCGUGCGGCAUUGCAACUUCCGCAAGAUGCCUCACACGAGAGAGUCAGAUGA